UAUUAAACUAAACUCAAGCAACAUGAAAUUCGUAUAUUUUUUGGCAAUUUGCGUUUUGAGUGUGGCUGCUCUAUCAAAGGCUGAUGAUAGCAAGCCCCUAAACUUGGUUUUACCCAAAGAAGAACCGAAAAAUUUGCCUCAACUUUAUGGUGGCGGUGGUGGUUCCCGUAAAGAUGGUUUUGAUGUAAGCUUGGGUGCUCAGCAAAGGGUUUGGGAGAGUGAAAAUAAACGUCAUUCAGUUGAUGUCAACGCUGGUUAUGGUCAACAUUUGGGUGGUCCUUAUGGCAAUAGUCCUGCAUCUUAUAGUGGUGGUGCUAGUUACACUUAUAGAUUUGGUAACUCAAGCAACAUGAAAUUCGUAUAUUUUUUGGCAAUUUGUGUUUUAAGUAUGGCUGCUCUAGCAAAGGCUGAUGAUAGCAAGCCCCUGAACUUGGUUUUACCCAAAGAAGAACCAAAAAAUUUACCCCAACUUUAUGGUGGCGGUGGUGGUUCCCGUAAAGAUGGUUUUGAUGUAAGCUUGGGUGCUCAGCAAAGGGUUUGGGAGAGUGAAAAUAAACGUCAUUCAGUUGAUGUCAACGCUGGUUAUGGUCAACAUUUGGGUGGUCCUUAUGGCAAUAGUCCUGCAUCUUAUAGUGGUGGUGCUAGUUACACUUAUAGAUUUGGUUAAUUGGAGAAUAUUACUUACUUAAUUCAUAAACAUUCAUAUUUAUUCAUAUACAUAAAUAUUUCAUAAUAAUAAAUGUUAUUAAAAUCGGCCUAAUAAUUAAAAUAAAA